CCGGUUUUAAGACAUUUUCGCGAGAGAUAAUUUUUCCAGGAAGUUUCAUCAACAUAUUAAGUCUCACUCAAACAAGCAGGGUGUCUGCCCAAAUCCAAGGAAGCUGCGAGAAUGGACCCGGAUGGAGAUCCUCUAUUCAGCAAUGGACUGUCUGUGGCAGAAUUGGCUGCAUCGUCGAAUCUUCUACAGGACUCAUGGGCGGUCAUAUCCGAACUUGAGCCGCGAAUCGACCAACAACACUUCCGCUUGCCGUCUCCUCGACUUGAACCCACAACCUUCCGAUCAGACGGGAGUGACCCUGUGAUAAUCAAAGAAUCUCACUUCCCGAACUAUAAUAUCAUUGCCUUUGUCGCCUCACCAGUUACUGCAGGCAGUCUUCAAGAAGAAAGAGAUUUGGCUCCUUCGUCGGAGAUCCCCGACUUUCAGUUCCUAUGCUCCAAAGUCAAUCCGACUUUUCAAAUAAACAGAGCUGCGGUUUCUCUGUUUAACUCUCUUCGUGACAAGUUCUCUCGACUACUAGAAAAGGUCCUAACUUCAGCCAAGUAUAAGGACUAUCUCCCCUAUGUCAUUACAGGACACUGUUGGGGUGGAUCCAUCGCCUCCCUUUUCACGUUACGGCUUCUAAACAAUUUCGACCAAUGGCGGAACAUAUGCCCCCUUUGUAUCACCUUCGGUUCCCCGCUCCUCGGGGACAGUGCCUUACAACAAGCCGUGUCGCAAAAUUCAACAUGGGAUUCCUGCUUCUUGCAUGUAGUUCAUAAGGAUGAUUCUUUCCCCAGAACAUUCCUUCGCCCUCCCACCACUGACCAAAGUCCAUACAAGCCUUUCGGUACAUUCCUUUUGUGUUCUGACUCAGGCGGUGCCUGUUUUGAGGCCCCGGAGUCUGUCAUGAAGCUGCUCAUGUCGGAAAUUAUUGUUAGAAACCCAGAGCCCCAAAACGUCGACUAUAAGAAUGCCAUUGAAUGUCUGGAGAAAGGAUUUAUAUAUGGUAACUGUUCUAGGUUGAAUGGCCAAGAAGCAGAUUCAUAUAAAGCUGGGGUUACAAUUCAAGUCACAGCAGUCAGCCUCGAGCCAAUUCAGAAGAAUGAGGGCAAUGAUGCUCUGAUAGAGGACAUAGUAAAUCAUGAACGAGGCAUCAUAAGACGAAAAAGAGAGGCGUUUGAUCCUGUGGAGGAGUUGCGCAAAAUGACUGAGUACCUGAAACUCUUGGAGUGGUACUUGACGAUAUGCAGAGGCAACGGCAUGGGUCCUGGUUACUAUGAUAGAUUCAAAAAUACACGAGAAGGGCUAAUAAACAAUGGAGUCGAAAAGUACAAGGCAAUCCUCACGGAUUAUUGGGAGACUGUCGUCGAAGAAGCAGACAAGAAUCAUCGAAGUAGUGCUACGCCACUGCGGAAUCGUUUCCUCUUUGGAGGGACAACCUAUCGGACGAUAGUCGAGCCGCUGGACAUAGCGGAAUAUUACAAAUGUGGCAGAAACGAUUACUUGAAUCAAGGAAGAUCUGAACACUACAAGCUGCUAGAACAAUGGCUGAAAGAUUAUCGCCGCCCCUUCACACGGGUUAGUUCCCCGAGUUUGAAGCUACCCCAUGUAACAGAGGAUUCGUGCUUUUGGGCACACGUGGAGGAGGCCAUCCGGUCGUGCAGAUUGCUGGCCAGUGGAGGACCAUCCCACAGUUCUGGAAGAGCGAAUUUAAUCAACUUCGAAGACUAUGUCAUGCGCUUGAUAAAUGAUCGCGCAGUUUCGCCGGACAUCUUUCUGGAGAAGAGCAGUUAUAUGCAAUGGUGGAGGGAGUAUGAGGAGAUAUUGGAGAAGCAAAUGAUGGGACAUUCUCACGACUCGCGAUCACAACUUGUUCGUUUUAUGAGGGAACAACCCUGGCAAGAAUUUUAUCGACACGGUGAAUGA